UAUGUAUAACUAAUUUCUUCAUCAACACCCAAAUCCACGCCCAGCUGGGGCGUGGAGGCGGGUACAAUGCCCUAGCGAGAAGAUCCUGUUGAAAAGCUUCAAUCUAUAUGUUAUCUGCUCUUUUCUGAUUUUGUAGGCUGCACUCUUUUCGAUGAGUGAAUUGUUGUUGUAAAAAAAAAAAAAAAGAAAAAGAAAAAAAAAGAAAAAAAGAAGAAGAAGAAGAAGAAGAAAAAAAGAAAGAAAAAGAAAAAAAGAGGGAGUGCUUUUCCCCUCCAUGGCGACCCCAAUUCACCCCCACCUGGACCCUCGCCCCUCUGUAUACCUCCUUCCCCUUCGUCGCCUUCCUCCUCCCCCACCGUUCCCUUCCCAUCUAUAUAAACCCUCGCCGGAUCACAUGACCUCCCCCGCCCCACUCUUUCCCCCUUCUCGCGCUCCUUCCCUUUUCCUUCCUCUUCUCUCCGAGCCCGAGGAGGAGUUCUUCGUCGCUCCGCUAGGACGGGGGGAAUCACCGCCGCUCUAGCCGGCUAUCGGCGCCCCGAUCCUGACGUCUGGCUGCCGCCGUCCAUGGUGCCCGGUCGCGGCGUCAAGGAGCUCUGGUACCGGGAGUUAGGAGCUUCUCGCCCUCGAGUCGUCGCUCUCCUCCAUUCUUUCUUCUUUCUUUUUUUUCGCCAAUUAUAAUUCUCGAUAACUGAUACAGAUUUGAUAUCUAUGCUGUUAUUUAGAUUUUUGUAGUACAUAUAUGCCAUGAAAUAAUGUUUCACGAUCUGCUACUUUUUACUAGUUACUCUGUCUUGUUAUUCCUUUUCGGGGGAAAAUUUCAGCUUUCUUUAUAUUUAUUGUAGUACUACUAGUUUGAGUGACACCCUGUUACUAUAUCAAGUUAUCUACUGGGUUGAAUUGAAGAAUCGAGUCUUCCCUAUCAGGUUCUGCCAUGCGUGGUUGAUUGGCCUAUUGAGUGUAGUGAUGCGAGGAGAAAAAAACUGCUACCUUUGCAAACGACCUUGCAAUCAAUGUUGGAAUCGGUAAACGUCCGACAUGGAUUACUCUGGCCUUCCCUCACCUUGCAUGUCUGGAAAUUUUGCUCAGUUGUACCUGAUUGAAAAUUGGCUGCGGUCGUGAUUUUGGUGAUCCCUGUUCCAGAGCACUAGGAAGCUCGCUAAUGGCUAUUGCUUCAUGCUUGCCUUUUUUAUUUUAAUGAGGAACAUAUGGCCAGACUUCGACCGAGGACAUGAGCUUAGCUGAAAGGCUAGAAGUCGAAUUCUAAGAUUUUGUUAUGCAUACUGCUGCCGUUGCUCGUCUGUGUGGUUGAAUCUAGAUGAGCCAUGCUAUAUACCUUGAUUUAGCGGCAAGCUUUCUCCUGUCCAAAAAUUACUAAAUGCGAUCUUUGUUGAUUUCAAACGAGUUUUGUCGAUUCCUAACGAUCCUUUAGUAAAUGAUAUAUGUGGCCUUGACUUUCUAUUUGAGGAUCUAUAUGUUAGUUUAUUCUGGCUCCUGGCCCAUUAAUUUUAGAUUUUCCAUAAUUGAGGCACAAGAGUUGGUUCUUUACCACCAUUUAGUUGAUGACAACUACAAAACAUCAUUCUGUUCCGCGGUUUUAAGUAAAUUGUUGAUAAGUUUUCCAAAAUCUAUCUGCCACAUCUCUUCAUCUUGAAAAGAUAGGACGAGUUUUCAAUGAAGUUGUCCUUACAGCUGGUCUCAUCAGUCAAUGGUGAGUGAUUGAAAAUGGCUUAACAUGGGACAGUCAAAUUUGGGGACCCAUCUAUGUGGGUGGCUGGGAGUGAAGAACUAGACUCAUGAAUUCUUGCAUGAACUAGGGAGAAUUUGGAAACAUGUGAAUCCAUCUUUUAUCUGGACCCUUGAGGUUAGGAAUGUAAACAAGCCAAGCUUGAGUGUGCUUAUACCAGCUUGAGCUUGGUGCUUCUAUUAACAUGGUCAGGCUGAGUUUUGCUUGUUUUUGUCAAAAGCUGGGAACACCAGCUCGAAAUCAGUUCAUGUAAACUUGAGCUAGAUUUGAACUAUGCACGAGUUGUUUGAUGAUCCUAUUUAAUCGUUAAGAAUUCCUUCCAGAUGAUAUUAAGUGGUGACCCUUGGUUCAUGGCCAUUAACUCAUGCUUUUCUUAUUGUCUCAUAUAGGCUGUCUACAACAGUUCUGUUUUGCAGAUAUGGUAGCUGCUCUACUAUAACAAAUACCGCUUCUUUCAUCUGAUGCUGAGUCCUUCAAUGUGCAUGAACAUAUAUGUAUAUCUGUUAAAUAACAACGAAGGCUUUUGUGAAGCAGAUGUGUUUCUAUGGGGACUUAAAUGGUCAUCAGGGUUGCGUGAACACUAUACAUUUCAACCCUGCUGGUGUUUCUGGUUCUGAUGAUAAAAAUGUCAUAGUUUGGAAUUGGGCAACUAAAAGUAAAGAAAUCAUAUAUCAUUCUGGUCAUUUGGAUAAUGUCUUCAAGGUGCGAGUUAUGCCAUAUACUGAUGAUCGUACCAUAAUAACAUCUGCAGCUGAUGGUCAGGUUAGUGUUGGCCAAAUUAUGGAUAAUGGUCAAGUCAGUACCAGGCUGCUUGGGUUACAUAAUGGCCGAGUGCAUGGACUUACCAUAGAAGAGGGUGCUCCUUAUGUGUUUUACAGCUGUAGUGAAGAUGGCUUAGUACAGCAGUUUGAUAUGCGAAGCCAUGCUCCUACCAAGCUUUUACUUGCUCUUCAUUCUCGGGGAAUAGGCUACCUAUAAGACUGAAUGCUAUGGUCAUAGAUCCAUUCAACUCUUACCAUAUCUCUAUAGGUGGUUCAGAUGAAUAUGCAUGUGUUUAUGGCAUAAGAAUCUGUCAAUGGGAUGCAUCGAGCACUCCAUAUCAACAUAUGAAUACUUUCUGCCCUUGUUUUCUGGUUGGUACCAAUGGUGUCCAUAUCACUGGACUGGCAUAUUCUAGCACAAGUGAAUUGUUUGUCUCAUAUAAUGUUGAGCUUAUCUACAUGUUUUUGAAGGGCAUGGGACUUGGGCCAGACCCACAAUCUGUUAAAGUUGAUGCAAAUUUGCAAAAGCUUAUAACACCACAGGUAUAUUCAGGCCAUAAGAAUUUUAGAACAGUCAGUGGAUCAGACUGUGGCCAUGGUUAUAUAUGGAAG